AUGUCCACCCUACCAUCUAUUCCCAAACCUUUGCGCCAGAUUUUCGCUCUCUUUCCACUACACACACACGGGCCCGUUGCUUCGCCGUAUACCGCAUCACCAGUCGCCGCGCCUACACUAUGGAUACACUCACCGCGCAAUGACAACUCAGAUAACGAAGACCUGCUGAGCAACGACGUCGAGUGUCUGAAGUGGCAGGCAUACCUCGCACUGCGCGGACUCAGUGACGUGUCUGUGCGGUGGGAUGUCACCCAGGACGGCGCCAUCGACGGACUGUUGCCGAAUUUACACGUCCCGAGCAAGGACGGGGAGCAGGGCGGCGAACUGCUCCCAGCGCACCUUAUACCUGGAUGGGUAGACGGACGUGUCGGCGACGUCUUAGGCGAGCUUGAGGGAUACACUGACAUCGCCGCUCGUGAUGAAAGUCGUGCGUGGGUGUCGUUGAUGGAGGGGAACGUCCAUGCCGCGCUGGUGCGUCUUUUUCCUCGCUGGAAUAUUGUUGAAGGUGAUCUCGACGCGUCGUUCUCAUUUAAGAUGCUGUCGCAACCACCGCCGUCCGUGCUUGAUGCGAUUCUUACACCUUUUCCCGCCAAGAAACGCAGCCUGGCGACCGUGCUCACUCCGCCGCCUCCUCCGCUCACGGGUAUCAGUUCUUUUAUCCCGCCAUGGGGUGCCCGUGUGGACCCUGCACUUGUAUUUACGCAAUAUUGCGAAGCCAUCGCUGCUCUGUCCGAACGAUUGGGGACGGACAAAUGGUUCUUAAACUCAGCUGCCCCGACCCCGCUCGACGCACUGGUGUUUGCGUACUUGCAUUGCUUCCUUCACAGCAAAGACAGAGCGCUUCGCAGAGAGGUGUACAACCGAGAGAAUCUUGUCAAGUGGGAACUCGGAGUGCAAAGCCAAGUACGUGCAGCAUUCCGACGACAUGCUACUGCAUCUUAUGCUUGA